AUGUCUACUCAUCUAAGACAUACUUCAUCUAAUAAGGAUGAGAAACAGGUUUAUGACAUCCCUAAUGUCGAAACUGGAGAAAGUUCAACUGGGUUUGUUGAUGAUUUAGAAUCCCAAAAUUCUCAUGAUUUAGCAGACGACUUACACCAAGGUUUGAAAGCUCGUCAUAUUCAAUUGAUUGCCCUAGGUGGUUGUAUUGGUACAGGUCUUUUUGUCGGGUCUGGUUCAACUUUGGCCACUUGUGGUCCUGCUGGGUUAUUGACUGCUUAUUUGAUCAUGUCUACUGUUAUUUAUUUCAUUAUGAAUGAAUUGGGAGAAAUGGUGUGUUAUCUUCCAACAAAAGGUGGUGCUAUUUCUGAUAUUGCCGUUAGAUAUGUUGAUGAAUCUUUAGGUUUCGCCACUGGUUGGAUUUAUUACUAUACUUUUGUUAUUUUGUUAUGUACUGAAAUUACAGCUGCUGCUAUUGUUAUUGAAUAUUGGACAGAUAAAGUUCAUAUUGCAGUUUGGAUUACUAUUUUCUUGGUUGUCAUUAUUGGUUUAAAUUUCCUUGCAGUUAAAUAUUAUGGUGAAGCUGAAUUUUGGUUUGCAUCUUUGAAAAUUUUCUGUAUUAUUGGGUUAAUCAUUGCUGGUAUUGUGAUCUUCUUUGGUGGUGGUCCAAAUCAGCAUAAAGUUCGUGGGUUCCAAUAUUGGAAUAACCCAGGUGCUUUUGUGGAACAUUUAAGUCAUGGUAACACUGGUAAAUUUUUAGAUGUUUGGACUGGUGUUAUUAAAUCAGGGUUUGCAUUCAUUGUUGGUCCUGAAUUAGUUGCAAUUGCCGCUGCUGAAACUGAAAACCCAAGAAGAAACAUUGCUAAAGCUGCUAAAAGAUUUGUUUAUAGAUUGAUGUUCUUCUAUGUCGCAGGUUCUUUAGUUAUCGGCAUUAUGGUUCCUUCAAAUAAUCCAAACUUAUUGAAUGGUUCUUCAUCUGCUGCUGCAUCACCUUUUGUUAUUGGUAUUAGAUCAGUUGGUAUUAAAGGUUUGAACCAUGUUAUUAAUGCUGCCAUUUUAACUUCAGCUUGGUCAUCAGGUAAUUCAUUCUUCUAUGCUGCAUCUCGUACAUUAUUAUCAUUAGCUAAAGAAGGUAAAGCUCCAAAAGUGUUUUUAAAAAUUAACAGAAAUGGUGUUCCAUACGUUGCAUGUGCUUUAACUGCUUUGAUUGGUGUCUUGUCUUACUUAAAUGUUUCAAGUGGUACCUCAAAAGUUUUCAACUGGUUCUCAAACAUCAGUACUAUUUCAGGUUUCAUUGGUUGGAUUGUUAUUGGUAUUGCUUAUUUACGUUGGAGAAAAGCUGUCAUUUAUAACGGGUUAUGGGAUCGUGUUCCAUUCAAAACCAUUCUUCAACCAUAUGGUACUUAUUAUUCAGUUGGUUUCAUUACAUUGAUUUGUUUGACUAAUGGUUAUGCUACAUUUUUCGGUAAAUUUGCCGCUGCAGAUUUUGUUGCUGCUUACAUUACAUUACCUGUUUUCUUCUUAUUAUACUUUGGACACAAGAUCUUUACAAAGAACUGGAAAUGGGCUUAUCCAGUUUCAGAAAUUGAUGUUUUAAGUGGAUUAGAACAUGUUGAAAAAUUGACAGAAACUGCUCCAACUCCAAAUCCAACUACAUGGUAUGGUAAAGUUUGGGCUUGGGCUAUGUGA